AUGUCUCGCAACGUGCCACCGCCAGAUCUGUCGCAGAUUCCUGGUAAUGCUAUUGAUGUUUGGAACGAAUUGAAAGAACGGUUUUCUCGUGGUGAUUUCAUUCGGAUCUCUGAGUUGCAGAUUGAAAUCCAUCGCCUCAAGCAAGGUAAUCGUUCUGUUUCUGAAUUUUUCACCGUCCUUAAGACUCUUUGGGAAGAAUUAGAAGCUUAUCUUCCUACACCAGUUUGUAAUUGUCCAAGAAAAUGUGUUUGUGCUACUGGUAUUAUCAAUGCUAGAUCUCAACAUGAUUUGCUUAGAAAAAUUCGAUUCCUCACUGGUUUAAACGAUAGCUUUGAUAUGGUCAGAUCACAAAUUUUACUCAUGGAUCCUUUACCACCUAUGAACAAGGUCUUUUCUAUGGUUAUUCAACAUGAAAGACAAUUUGUUCCUCAUAUUACUGGUUUAGACACUGAAGAUUCAAAGAUUUCAAUUAAUGCUUCUGAUAGUAGAAGAUCUCAGGGUCGUGGUAGAGGUGGUUUUCAUGGCCAGUUUUCUUCAUCUAAGAAGAAAUAUUGUACUUUUUGUGGGAAAGACAAUCAUGUGGUGGAAAACUGCUAUAAGAAGCAUGGAUUUCCACCAAACUAUGGCAGGAAUACUUCGGCUAAUAAUGCUAAUGCAGAAGAUUCAUUGGAUACUGAUGAUUCUAAGAGCACCAAAGGCAAUGAAGCCUUUACUUUUACAAAGUCUCGAUAUGAUAACAUCUUAUCAAUCUGCUUCAAUCUACAACCAAUAAUCAGAAUGCUGGCUCUUCCAGUCUAG